AUGGAAAUUGAGUCUAUAUCCGAAUGGAUACGAAAAGGAAAAUGGGAAAGGGCAUAUCUCUCUCUACUUGGCAAUAUCAGAGGCAGAUACAUUACCUCUUGGUUGGGAGAUGCUGAUGGGAGACUAAGACAUUUCCACAGGUUUAAGACGGAGUUCGGUUUUGCCAAAUUACUUUCCAUUGACACUUUCAAAGAUGCUUCUAACGGAUACCUUAUUGAUGACUCCUGUGUGUUUGGAGCCGAGGUUUAUGUCAUUAAAUCUACUGGCAGAGGAGAGUGUCUUUCUUUGAAGGAGGAAACUUAUGACAAUAGUUACUCUUGGCAGAUCAAAAAAUUUUCAGAAAUAAAAGAGGAGCGUUUGUUCUCUGAACCUUUCACCAUUGGAGAGCACAAAUGGUUUGAGACCUUGGAGUUCCUCACUUAA